UUAUAUCGUUCGGACUCGCACGUUUGCUAUUUGCCAUAUUUGAAUAUGAGUGAGAGUGUGAGCUUGUAUGCUCAUAAGUAGUCUUGCCGACGCACGGGAGUCUUGUCCUGCAGGAUUGAAAAAGACCGGCCACAAGGAAUAUCGGGUGGGUGGGAACAAGAUUCUCGCGCUCUGAACAUACACGCUACACGUCCUCCAGCAUUCACGGUUGUCUGCAAUUGAGAUACAGCGACAGCGGAGCAUAUUGGAUGGAACUUCUGACAUAGUGGCGAUUACUUUGUUUGCAUCCCUACGGAUUUUACAAGCAACUUUUUGAGGAACGAAAAAGUGGAUUUAUUAUAUUUUGCCAUCUUUGCGUAACAUCUUUUUUAUGUAAAGAUGCAAAGGUGGUGCGGACAGUUUAUCUGAUCAAGUAUCCAAUUUAAUGGCCAAGUGACCCUUUCUCCCAUGGUGAAUGAAACCCAUCUCCCGCCAUAAUGAACGCCCUCAGUCGAGGAAAUCCGUGCCUGCGAAGGGAGUUAUUACUGUUUCUCUGUUUCCUUGUGCAAGCAAUUCCCACAGGUAGUGCAUGCCCCAAAUCGUGCGCGUGCUAUGUUCCCGCCGAAGUGCACUGCACCUUCAGAUACCUGACAGCAAUACCAGGAGCGAUCCAGCCUACUGUGGAACGUAUGAACCUGGGAUCUCUCUCCCUCGCUUUCAGAUACAACAGUUUAAGUGUAUUGAAAGAGCACGACUUUUCUGGAUUGAGGAAUCUGGAACUGUUAAUGUUGCAUAGCAACACCAUACACAAGAUAGAAGACAAGGCCUUCGAUGAUCUCCAGUCCUUGCAGGUCCUGAAGAUGAGCUACAACAGAGUGAAAGAGAUCAACAAGGAGACUCUCCAGGGCUUGAAGAGUCUGGUCCGGUUGCACAUGGACCACAACCGGAUUGAGUUCAUCAACCCUGAGGCCUUCUAUGGCCUGACUGCGCUGCAACUGGUGCAACUGGAGGGAAAUCUCCUUCAGCAGCUGCACCCUGACACCUUUGUCACCUUGCGCUACAGCCAGAUCUUCAAGGUGUCCUCCGUUAAGAACAUAUACCUGUCUGACAAUGCCCUGAGCAGCCUACCUGCUAGCAUCUUCUCCCACUGCACCCAGCUGGAAAAUCUGUAUCUCCAUGGCAACCCCUGGUCAUGUGACUGCCGUAUGGAAUGGUUUGUGGACUGGGCAGAGAAGAACACAGGGAUACUGAAAUGCAAGCGGGAUAGGAAGUAUGCUAGGGGUCAGCUCUGUCCUGUGUGUGAAUCUCCUGCAGCCUCCAGAGGCAAGAUCCUUGCUCAGGUACCACGUACUGCCCUGUCCUGUACUAAGCCUUGGAUUUACCCUCACUUAAAGCAAAAAAACAUCACUGUGGAUGAGGGGGAAUACUCCCCUGUGACCUCCAAGGAUUUCAUUGCACCCAUUGGACUGAUGGUGAUGAACAUGACCGAUCAGUUUCAUAAUGAUGCUAGUGUGGUCUGCACUGUCCAGAGGCCUUCAGGGAUGGAGAAUCUGACUGUAAUACAUGAUGAAGACAUCAUGACGAUGAGUGUAUCUGUUGCCACAUCCCUUAUCUGUAAUAUCGACUACGAGCACAUUCAGAAGCUGUGGCGCAUAUUGGCCACCUAUAGUGACUCACCCAUGCGGCUGGAGAGGGGGCUGCUGCUUGCCAAAACACCAGAAAUGAUCUACAGGUACCAGCAAAGGAGGCCAGGACAGAAUGAGGAUGAGGUCUUUACUGCCAUAGAGACAGAGAUCAAAGCUAACCCUGCAUGGCUGAUGCAGGGUGAGGUCACAUUACAGCUUGACCGUACGACUACCACCUUCUCUACUCUGCAUGUUAAGUAUACAUCCACUGUUCAGCUGCGAAUGGAGAACAAAGCACAGAGGAAGGACAGAUACAGUUGGGCAAUGAUCAAAAGGGACAACCUCACCAAAACCGAGCAUUCUGUUCUAACCGGUGGGGUAGCUGACUUGAACUGUCAGACUUGGGGUGACCCAAAGCCUUCCAUCGACUGGAUCUUAUCUGAUGGCAGCAAAGUUCGUGCACCAUACAACAGUGAAGACCGAAGGAUUGUUAUCACAGACUCAGGAAGACUCACCCUGAGGGCAGCAGACACCUCAGACUCUGGACUGUACCGCUGCAUUGCAACAAACUAUCUUGAUGCAGAUGUGUUGACUUUCCGGAUUACAGUUUUGUCUCCGGAUGUGGAAGCAGAUGAUGUGAAUGGAGUGCAGCUCUCAUACUCAUUGGGUGACAGCUUGCUUCUAGACUGUGAAUCUUCUGGUAACCCUAAAGCAUCCAUUCAGUGGAUCUUACCGGACCACACAGUGUUAGACAGGUCUUAUGGGAACAAGAAAAUAUAUGAAAAUGGCACUUUGGGAGUACAAGAGCUAACUCAGAGGGACCGUGGGUUUUAUAGAUGUCUUGCUGGCAAUUAUUUGGGGGUGGAUAUGGUAGCCUCUCAGAUUACCAUUUCAGGAACUGAGAAAAAUAGCAAUGUGCUUUUAGAAGGUGAGGGGUCAGGGAGUGAGCUUGAGUCCAACUCAGAGGAAAGUGAAAGUCACAAUGAGCUAACUCCUUCUGGCCCCUCCCACAAAACAAGUCAAGAGUCAAGAACUAUCACCUCAGAUAGGCCGUACCCCAGACAUAGGUUCUCACACAGCAGAACCUCUGGUGAUAUCACCCAGAGAAGGCAUGGCCCCUCCACCAGAAGGCGCAACUGGGGAGCUAGGAGAAUCUUUGGCAAUACUUCCAAGAAAGUAGACCCUCAGAAAUGGGAAGAGUUCAUGAAAAGGGCACAAAAAGGUAAGACGACAGAGGAUGAGGAAGAAACUCAGACUGGGAGGAAAAACACAAAGACUAAUAAUCCAGUGUCCGAGAUCUCUGGGGAUGAGGAGGUGGGCUCAGGAGAAAGCCUUUCUGAAGAACAGCUCAUCGUCAUUCCAAGCACUGUCAUGACAAGUACAGUGAGACCUGAGGUAACUACUAGAUUGAUGCCCAAAACUACUGAGGCACUGACAGUAUCCCCAUCUCCCCGUCUCACUACUAGUCGCCGGGAAGCAGAGAGAAAUGCAGUAACACCAGUUAUAAGUCCACUUUAUCAUUCUGUUACACCUAGUGCUGUUGAUCUGUAUGCUCUUGAGAGAAGCACAAACAGACCUCUGAAUCUGCCAGUAACUGUGAAGCUCAAAGUAACUGAUUCAACCAGUGAGAUGCGGCUGAGGAUCUCAGGUGAUGCCCUGGAGACAGUCACAGAUGUAACACCCCUGCUCAUGAUGCAGUACCCAAAUGUGACCAUGAUGGACAGCCCAGGCCUAAGGUCUGAGCCAGUGAUCCACACAUCGACUGACCCCGAUGGCCAGACCACAUUUACGGCAGUCACUACUACUGAACAUGAGCAAGAUGAGAUCACAUUCCACACCACUCAGAGGAUCACAUCACCCAGAAUUCCUGCAGGAUCCACUAUAAUCUCCCAUCAGCAGAUCCACAUCAUCCCCCCUAACAAACAGCGUGUGGGUAGGAGGCGCAACUUUCCUAACAGGAGGAGGGUUUUUAAGCCCAGCAGAAUCAAUGACAUCCAUGCAUACCUGAACAAACUAAAGAAGCCCACAGAAAAGCACAAAGGCAAUUCCACAGUCCCAUCUACUGUGGAACUCACCACAGACAACCCUGCUAUAGAGAAAAAUGAAAACAGCAUAAUUUCUGAGACAAAAUACACUCUGGCCUACGAUACUGGAUCAAAGCCUAAACCUAAUAUUCACAGCUCUUCCCUGCACAAUACAGAGAAGCCAACUAUGGUGGCUCUGGAAAAUCCACUCCUCAGUUCUACCACUUUACCACCUGUGACAAAAACAUAUUUCCGGAAAGUAAAAUCCACCACACAACCACCCACUACUGACUCACAUUUCAGAUCAGAGGGAUUCACUAGAUUUAUGACGUCUGCAGAUGCUCCAGUGCUUCAGACAACACAGGAUCCUAGGGAGUUGGAGAGAAACUCAGCACAUACUGACAAACUAAGCUCCACUAUAAAGCCUACUACAAGACCCUCUAAAGUUAUCCGAGGUAGAAUUCCCUGGGAAAAACUGUUUGGGACUAAGCAGGGUCAAAAAGAGCUCCUCAGCAGGUUACGUAAGCCUGUGAAGCUAACAACCACAACAGAAACCCUAACAACAGUUAAAACCACACCCACUACUGCCCCAGCAAGGACUACGACCCUCUUUCCCACAACAAGAUAUUUAGUUCCACUUAUAACAUCCCAAAGGAUAUCAUCUGGAAAGACACCUAUCAUUCAGCCUUCACAGACUUCACCUGAUGAUUUUUCAGGGUCUUCUUUCACUUCUGAAUCUCAGACUGUGUCUAGAGUUGCCACUGCUUCCUCAACCAUAUCACUGCCAGGUGGCAACCAAAAAGAAUCAGUGGGUCGGGCUCCUACAACAGCACCUAGCUUUGCAUUAAGAUUUUCCACCACUACAGAAAUCUCACCAUUUGCUGAAACCCUAGAAACCCCACCAACAGCAAUGACUGCUACCACUGAAAAGAGAUUUGAAGGUUCAUUUGGCUCUGCCUCUGGUUCAGGGGGGUCUUCUGCUGAACCUGUGAACAGACUUGGGUUCCCUCGGAGGCCAAUUGGUGGACCCCGGAGGAUAGGCAUAAGGCGUAGAAGGCCAGGCAAAAAAAUUACUGUGGUAACCCCCAAUACGAAAAGAACUAUGGUGACAGAAUCUCUAACAACAUCACCCUCUAGGACGGUUUCACCCAUACGCACAAACAUUCCCUCCACAACACUGGACCCAACAUUGACCAUAAUAGAUAAUAGGAAAUCCACAACACCUUCUAUCUCCAAGACUUCAGGAGGUGAUACCACUAAAGACUCAGAAAAAGAUAGCUGGAGAGGUCCAACUAGGGCUCUCACCACUAGCCGUCCAAGAGCAUACACUACAACUGCAAGGCUUAGAACAACUACAACAAAACCAACAACCGUUAAAACCAUAACCACAUCAAGGUCUUAUACUACAUCACAACCGCGCACCACCUCCACAGCAAGCAGUAGUGAAAGUGCUACAAAAGCCAUAAGAAUAAACACUGACGUUAGGCUCCCCCCAGGAAGGGAAAGUAAACAUCCAACACCUUCUGUAAGAAAGGUCCAACCCACUGUAUUUUCUCACAAGGACAGCAAAUCUGGGACCAGACUUGGAAGCAACCAGCCACAUCCUAAACCAACACCUUCUUUGUCCAGAAUUAGAACAAAACCCUCAGAAUCCAAACAGGAUUUGGAUCAGUCUGAGGUGACAGACAGGACACAGACUAUGAAAUUCGAUACCUUGAUCAUUCCUACAACAGAACAGGGCUACACCACUUCCACUGUGCCUUUCAGCAGUAAUAUGGACAGUGAAACAUCCCACAAAUAUGACCAGCUUAAUGGGCAUCAGACAACCACCUCCAAUAUGAUAGGACUUGAGCUGUCCACAGGGGACAUGCCAUCCAAGCCUAGGAUCAUUGGAGGCAAUGCAGCAAGCUUCACUGUCCUGUCUAACUCAGAUGCCUUCCUGCCCUGUGAGCCCGUGGGUCAUCCUGAGCCGACAAUCAGCUGGAAACGCUUCUCUUCUGGGACAGGGAGCACCUUGACCAUAAGGGGCAAGAUGGGUAAAUUUGAGAUGUUCAAGAAUGGCACUCUUUUGAUUCAGAAUGCCAACAUUAAGGACCGUGGGCAGUACCUGUGCCUAGCAGAGAAUGACCAUGGCUCAGACAAGCUCCUGGUCAUGUUGUCUGUGGUUUCCUACCCAUCACGCAUCCUGGAGCCAAAGGUGAGGGAGAUAAAGUCCCAUACUGGGGACACAGUGGAAGUUAAGUGCAGGACUGAUGGUCGGCCGACACCCGUCGUCUCCUGGAUCCUGGCCAACCAAACUCAAGUGAGAGGCUACAACACAGACCGUGGCAGGGUGAGCGUGACCGCUGAUGGGACUCUAGUCAUCCAGCAGGUGACUGUAUUUGACAGGGGACACUAUAAGUGCAUCGCCAGUAACCCAGCAGGAGCAGAUACUGCCACUGUCCGGCUGCAGGUUGUGGCUGCGCCCCCUGGGAUCCUGGAGGAAAAACGGCAGCUGGUCAACGUUGUGAGUGGGGAGAGCCUGAAGCUCCCCUGUACUGCUCAGGGCAGCCCACAGCCUACUGUGCACUGGGUACUCUUUGAUGGAACAACGGUCAGACCUCUAAAUAGCCAUGGUAACAAGGCAUCUGUUUUAGCCAAUGGUACAUUGCUCCUCAGAGGCCUGGCAGGCUCGGACAGCGGAAUGUACGAAUGCAUCGCCACCAGCUCCACGGGGUCUGAAAGAAGGGUGGUCAGCUUGACUGUGGAGCAGACCGAGACCAUGCCCCACAUUGUGGAGUUGUCUCAGCGUAACACGGAGCUGAAUUAUGGGGGCCGGCUCUGGCUGAACUGCACUGCUGUGGGGGAGCCCACGCCCAAGAUCCUCUGGAGGCUCCCUUCGAAGGCACUUGUCGACCAGGUACACAGGAUGGGCAGUCGGAUUCAUGUCCUGGACAAUGGAACCCUGAUCAUUGACCCUGUGAGUGAGAAGGACGCUGGAGACUAUCUCUGCAUUGCUCGCAACAAGAUUGGAGAUGACCUACAGCUUAUGAAAGUCUCUGUGUCCAUGAAGCCAGCCAAGAUCAUGACCAAACCUUUGGGUAAGAAACAGGUACCCUAUGGCAAUGACCUGAAGGUGGACUGUAAGGCCUCUGGCUCACCCGAGCCAGAGAUCUCCUGGGGCUUACCGGACGGCACAGUGUUGAACAGUGUGAUGCAGUCAGAUGACAGCAGGGGGCGCACACGACGCUACAUCCUCUUCGACAAUGGAACUCUCUAUUUCAACAAGAUAGGGAUGACAGAGGAGGGGGACUACACCUGCUACGCUGAAAACACACUGGGCAAAGAUGAGAUGCACGUGCAUAUCAGCGUGUUGACAGCAGCCCCACGCAUCAGGCCGUCCAGCCGCACCUAUGCCAGGGUGAAACCAGGUGGGAACGUGCGCUUCGACUGCGAGGCCGUUGGUGAGCCCAAGCCAAAGAUCCUCUGGAUGUUGCCCUCUAAUGACAUGAUUGCUGCCUCCAACGACCGCUACCUAAUGCACGUGAAUGGAUCGCUGGACAUCCGGGAUGUCAAGUUAGUCGAUGCCGGGGAGUAUGUGUGCAUGGCUCGCAAUGCUGCUGGGGAUGACAGAAAGGUUUACAAGCUGGACAUUGAUGGAAACCCCCCUGUCAUCAACGGCUACCGCCAAAAUAGAACUGUCAUCAAAGACACCGCCUCCAAGUAUUCCAGGAAGCUGAUUGACUGCAGGGCAGAGGGAAGCCCGCCACCCAAGAUCACCUGGAUCAUGCCCGACAACAUCUUCCUCUCGGCCCCCUAUUACGGGAGCAGGAUCAACGUCCACCCCAAUGGGACGCUGGAGAUCCGAAACGUGCGCCCCACAGACACAGCUGAGUUCAUCUGCAUGGCACGGAAUGAUGGCGGGGAGGCGGUCAUGGUGGUCCAGCUGGAGGUCUCUAGCAUGUUGAGGAGACCGAUCUUCAAAAAUCCCUUCAAUGAGAGAGUGGUGGCACGCUUGGGGAAGACCACUGUGCUGAACUGCUCAGCCGAUGGGCAUCCAACACCAGAGAUCAGUUGGUUGUUGCCCAAUGGAACACGCUUUACCAAUGAUGCUCGGACGCCUCACCACCAUCUGGGGAGCGAUGGAAACUUAGUCAUUUACAACCCCAGCAGGGAAGACACGGGUAAAUACCGGUGCUCUGCUAAGAACAAGAUGGGCUACAUAGAGAAGCUGGUGGUCUUGGAGGUGGGACAGAGGCCGUACAUAGUGACUCGUCCUCGAGGAAUCAUCCGCAGUGUGUCUGGGGAAUCCUUGUUUCUCCACUGCCUCACUGAUGGCAGCCCCCGACCUACUAUCUACUGGACCGUCCCGGGGGGCCAAGUCUUGUCUCGUCCGCAGGUGAACGGUCGUUUCCACCUCCUGGAAAAUGGGACCCUUGUUGUGCGGGAGACGACCUUCCACGACCGUGGAAACUACUUGUGCAGAGCUAAGAAUGAUAUGGGUGAGGCUGCGCUCACUGUCCCAGUCAUCAUCAUCGCCUACCCUCCGCGCAUCACCAAUGGGCCUCCGUCAACCAUGCGGGCAGCGGUGGGAGUGCCUGUGCAGCUUAACUGCAUGGCCAUUGGGAUCCCCAAACCUGAGAUCUCAUGGGAGCUGCCCGACCGCUCUGAACUGUCCACAGCUAAUAAGGGCCGGCCCACUGGCACAGAGCUGCUCCACCCCCAGGGAACACUCGUCAUUCAGAGACCCACCAGCUCCGAUUCCGGAGCCUACAAGUGCAUAGCCAAGAAUCACAUGGGCACAGACUCCAGAACCACGUACAUCCGGGUGAUGUGACAGCCUGAAGAGGGCAAAGAUCUCAGGGUCAACAAUCGAUUUCAGAUGGUUGGCACCUGCACAUGCACACCCCACUUUCUAUACCAGUGCAAAACACAUGACUGCAAGGAGGAAAUGUAACUUUAUCCUGUGCUGACCAUUGAGGGUACUACUUGUGGAAUGUCUGAGUUUACUUACAUCUCACAACAGUGGGCAGGGGAUGAAUAAUGAGUGAUCAGACAGAGAAGCAGAGAGAGAGAGAGACUCUACAGUGCAGAGGCUUGUGGCCCGGGAAUAGUGUUUUUUCAUUGUAAUGAUAUGGGCUCUGGAAACUUCUCAGCUUUCUCAUUCACACACUUAGAGGCAAAGAUCUGAGAAACACAUCCCUGUAUCAACUGUGAGUGCUAAAGUGGACAUUCCUCAAUAGCCUGACCCAUGCAACAAAUGAGGUAGAGAGAAGAAGAGAGGUUUGGGAUAGGCAGAGACUUUAAAAAACCAGUCUAAGGUUUAUACUUUUGCAACAUUUUAGAGCGAUGUUCAGUUUUCUUAUAUAAAGCCAUAUCUACCCAUAUACCUUUGGUGUAUGCUGAAAGAUGUUUUCUACCAAUUGUACACACUGGAUAUAUUUUGAUAUCAGAAUUAUUGCAUUCUUCACCCAGAUGAUUUUUGUAAGGCUUGUACCAAAUUACAGGUGUUUUUAAAAAAAUCUUUUUUCUUCUUUUGGUUUGGCUUUCAGUUCUACAUGUGUUGUUUUUGCUUUUGAUAUAAAUCGCCUCAUAUGGAUGUAAAUUAAUUAUACACAUUUAUUUUUUAAAUGCUGUUUAUACAAUUUUUCAACGACAUCACAAAGUAAAUUCAAAUGUACAUCAUCACAUUUAGUAGAUAAUAUAUUUAUGCAUUUUUAUGAAUGUCUUAUUUUUUUUGUAUAUAUCAAUACAUUUUUUGGUACCCAAACAGACAAUUAAACAAAACGUGAUUGUCAAGUUUUCAUGAAACAAUGUUGUACUUGGAGAGCUGUGGCUAAAAUCCACAAUUCAGGUUAAGGAAACACAAGAUUAGGGAAACUGCAUAAAGCAAGGCCACUGUACAAAUACAAUAAAUGCAUAUCACGGGAGUAACAACAUGCACAAUAUUACAUUACUUUAUAAAUAUAGGUGCAGAGCAGUCAGUAACACACUGACAUAGAAAGCCUAAGAAUUGUAAAUAAAAGCAACCAUUCUUCAUCCAUUAUAGCAAAAUUAUUGUAUUAUGCUAGGUAUUCAGUGCCUAAAAGUGACCUUGCUGCUGUUGUACUUCUGUCAUGUUUUUGUACAUAGCCUGCUUACUGCAAGAUUAUGUGCCAUACAAGCUAUAUAACUCAGUUCAACAAGAGUCGGAUUCCGUGGGGUUGCUUUCCAUGUCCCUUCAAGUAGUAGGACAAGGACUUUUGACCACCCUUAUGAAAAUAAAAAAAGU